GACAAGGAAUUUACAGUUCGACUGAGUGAUGACUCCCGACAUUGCUCACCCGGUUACUUAGGUGAACUGAACUUCAUCAUGACCUUGGGCGAGAUACCCGAGCUACGUGUACACAUCGAUCGCAGAGGUGCACUGAUAAAACAAAUUAAACGAGACCGCCUAAACGGCGUUGUCAUGACUCCACACUUGGUGCACUCCCCGUCGGAAAUCUCUUUGGUGUCAGCUCAUCAUAUGCGUCGACAACAAUCAUUAGAUGCGUACAACACCUUAUCCCACGAUUUCUCCCGCAAGCACUCGAAAGAUCUCAAUAUGGCAUCAGUGGAAGAAUAUGAACCAGGUGUUGAUGAGUGGUUAUUGCCCAAUGCGGCUGCAUUCCAUCAACCUAAAUGGCCGUUGACAUUUUACGACGGGACUAACAUAGAAUUCUACACAUCGGCAGUGAGUGACAAAACGCGUUACGUGAACGUCUCGCAAUUGGCCGCAUCCCGAACAAUGCGACACGAAUUUCGAUUGGAAAACUUGUAUAGUCGGGCCCGUUUGCUGGUAAACCUGAUAAGGGCGGAAGAAUUGGGCUGUCCAAUACACCCUGGGAAGAAUAAUAACAGUCCAACCGACCCACAUCAUAGGGGUUCGAAGGGUAAAGCGACCACCAGUCGCGGUAUGGAACGGGCAGUGGCCGGGCGUCCGAUUCAUCGAAGCGACGGGGUCACACCGGCUUAUCAAGCUACUUUGUCUAUUGGAAAAUACUCACAUAAAUCUCGCUCAGCCCACUGCGGAACUACUCCCUGUUGGCACGAACAUUUCGAAUUUCGAAUACGACUGGGUGAGAAAACGGUGCUGAACUUGGAGAUCAUCGAUCAUUCAGUUGCCAUCCCCGUGUUACUUUUCCGUGGGUAUUUGGAUUUUGGCCGGCAACCACCAGAUUGGACUGGAUGUUUCACCUUGAAAAACGAUUUGGACAACUAUCGCGGUCACGUGGUCCUCCUUGUCACUUUGACCGGGCUGACCUCGACGGCCUCACCGACAACAUCACCCUACGUAACAUCACAGGAUUACGACGACUUCGAGGAACCCGUUCCGACACCUCCUGCACUCAAGCCUAAACUAAAAUUGCCCUCAAAAGAAUUGCUAGAAAUGGUUAAGAUGCACUAUUGUUGCUCGUGUCAUCGUCAGUCGUUCUUCUGGCAUUUGAAACUCCUCCCGGGGCCUCAACUGUUGUCUUCUCCUUUCGCGUUGAACGUAAACAUCGUAGGACGAAAGUUCGCGGUUCGUGGUGCUCGUGAUCUGGUUGUUCCGACCCGGGGAGGAAAAUGUAAUGCCUACUGCAUGGUCCGCUUGGUCAAUCGAUGCGUGCAUACCUCAACGGUCUACAAAACGCUGAACCCGCUGUGGAAUCACGUGUUCGUGUUUCCAAUCAGUGAUAUUUACGAUUUGCUUGAGAUUGUGGUACUGGAUGAAGACAAACAUGGCGCAGACAUCCUCGGUCAGUUGCGUUUUCCAAUAGUCCAGCUUCCCAAUCAUCGAUGCAAGUGGUACGCGUUGAAAGACAAAAAAUAUCGAAUUCGUGAGAGGGGAGCAAUUCUGCUCGAGUCCUACAUUGAAUAUAAUUCGGUUCGAGCAGCCCUAAGAGUCGUGUAUCCAAUGGAAACACCUUGGGUUUGGCAGGCGGAGCGUAUUCAUUUGCGAGAUCUACAACGAAAAAUUGAUCGGAUCGCACCAUACGGAGUUUACCUGGCACAGGGUCAGAAAACCUUUAUCAAACUGUACAAUUGGGAGAACCGACUUCAGUCGUGCCUAUUCAUGAUCGGCAUGUCAUUGGCCAUCUUGUUUGUUCAGCCAUAUAUGAUCAUGGGUGGAAUGGUGCUACUACUUGCUGGUUGCUGGUUUUUCACCACCUACUGGUUCAAAAACCACGCUGCUCAUCAACAGACGACCAAGACGAAUGAUGACAGUGAUUCGGAACUUUGGGAUGAUGAUGGAGAUUCCGAAGAAGAAAUGGAAGAAGAAGAUGGAGAUGACCACGAGAAGAAGCAUAAAUACGGACGAAAGAAACCGUUCAAAGUCAAACUGGCCAAGGCACGUGAAGUUUUGGGCAGUUUGCAGUCAGUCAUGGAAUACGUGGCUUCAAUACUCGAGAAAAUUGACUGAGCGAAUGAUCGACAUUGCAAUCAAUCCUCAGUCACUACUCACGUGUUGGUAUGUUCCCUAUUCUUUCGAUUUGAAAAGUCUUGUGAAAUGGUUCCUCGUCACCGCGGGAAGCGUAUCUUUCACAAAAUCGGUCAAAAGGCCAAACGACUUGCGAAAAAUGCUGCUAAAUUGGGUUCGAAUUUGCAGAGGAAGCAAAGUGACUCCAUGGAUUCGGACUACGAGCUAGAUAGUAGACAUACAGUGCAACGAGCUCGCAGUGGUUCCGUGACAUCAAAGACUCCGGUUCAACCCAUGAUACAGGCCCUACCGAGGGAGGGUUACUUCUGGGAAAUUUUGCUUCACAUACGUCAAGCCCGAUCGUUACCAGUGCGUCGUACCAAAGGUACUAUUGUCAUUCUUAUUUGA